UCACCGGUGAUUCAUGGGAGACAAACGCCACAGCUAACUUUGGCUAAAGCUAAAGCUAACAUCUCUGUCUCUUACUUUAAAUUACCCACAGAGUGAGCAUGUGGGUUUUUUUUAACUCCUGAAGAACACUCUAACAUUAGCUUGUACAAUAAUUAUACUUUGAAAGAGCUGCAGGUUUAACCGGAGCAAACGUUAGCUUGAUUUAUAUUAGGCUAUUUAGCUAGGUAGCUAAUUCGUUAGCACAACAUAAUGCUAGAUCUACCAAAGGUGAGGACUUCGAGAUGAUAUUAUUGGAUGGAUAAAUUAGCCACACUGUUAGUUGGAUGAAAUUUAAUCCUAAUCUAAGAGUCCUUCAAAGAAUAUGAUGGAUAAAACAGGGGCUUACAGCAACAGCCGCACUGCCAUAAGAACAGACCUCAGCUUGCUCCUUGAGUGUCUGAAGUUUCAGAUGAAAUCUCCUGAGCUACAGAAACAAGCUCUUCUCACCAUUCACUCAAUCUGUGAAAACAGAGAUGACAAUGUGGACCUGCUGAGGGAAAUGGGAGGUGUGGCAUUUGUGUAUAACCUCUCCAAAUCCACUAUUGUUCAUUCGGAUGUGAAGGAGACUGCGCUUUUUACCAUCGGCACUCUGGCAGGGGCCAAUGUGUUUUGCAAGAAUUCCCUGUGCAGAAAGGAGACAUUUGCCGACCUGGCUGGUUGGUUGAUGAAUGAACACCUCCCACUGACACAGAAGAGAGUGUCCGUCUAUUUGCUGUCUGUGUUGGUCGCCAACAACAAAUUAGGCCAGUCUUUAGCUUUAACCACUGGCUGCGUGGACAUUCUACUGGACCUAUUCAGGACUACUUUUCCACUUUCCAAGGAGGCCACUGCAGUUAUAGCCAACGCUCCUCACACUUACCAACUCUGGGCAUCUGUGUCUAGUGCUCUCUGUGGAUGUGUCAACAAUCCUCAGAAUGAGGAGGGUCAGCGUAUUUGUGUUGCAGCCUUUCCUAUGAUAAACAUCUGGCUUCAGCAGAUUGCUUUGGCACGCACAGAGAUUUUUCAAUCCAUUUGCUCCUUCAUAGCAAUGACUGUUGCCAACAACUGCUAUGUUCAGGAGAGUUUUUCUGCCUCGGGGGGUUUGGAAACUCUCACUCGUUCACUCCUUCGUCUAGCCUCUGUGGCAGAUACGAGCUCGUUGUCGUGCCAACUUUCAGUCAUUAUUUCCAAGACCCUGUCAGCUUGCGUUACUGAAAACUCUGCUCUGGCUUCAGGUCUGGCUCAGUAUGGCAUAGUGUCCCAUCUCCUCUCUCUGCUGGGCAGCCCAAAUCUGGACCUUGAGGACAGGCUUUCAGUUUUACUAACCCUGGGUCACUGCACCGAGGCUUCUGAGGACCACCAGUCCCAGUUGGUGCAGUGUGGAGGCCUGCCCCUUAUUAUAACUUUACUCACAGAAGACACAUGUGAGGAGGUCAGGAAGGCUGCUACGUUCAUAUUGCAGACCUGCAAACCGGCCACGGUGUCCUUGGUGCCUGGUCUGACGGCAGGACAUGGGGAGGACAAAAACAUGGAAACCCUUGCACACAUGGAAAGCUUCAGGUGCACAGCGCAGGAGUUGCUCAGCAGGAUUAACCAGCUAGAGGAGAAACAGGCAAAGGGUGCUGAGGACGAGCAGGAAGAGAAAGACCCAUCAACUUCAACUGAAGGGCCAGCUGCACCAUCUCCGUCUCCAGCCUUACCUCUGCCUCUACAGCGUGGAGAGAGCAUUAGCACCCUCCCCAAAGCAUAUAGACAGAGCAGCACCCGCACGCACAUGGAAGCAGAGGGUGACAACAGAGUUAAACUUCAAACUGGUAAAAAUGUGGUUGUGAAGAAGUUUGCCAGUAAACUGAGGAAAAUGAGUUCCAACCUAAGUUGUAAGGAGGAGAAAGUUGAAACCAGUAGAGGAGAUGAGUGGUGUUCUGAGUGCAAGGGUGUCAGAGCCAAGCUGUCGCCUCAUGCAUGGUCAGUAGAGGGAGGCAGAGAGUCACAUACUGCAGACAGUCAGUUGUUUCAGCCCCCAGCACAUGUGAGGCACAGUGCACCAAUAGAAAUGAACCGUGCCAAUGAAGAGUUACAUGACUGUGACAUGAGUGAUGAGGGGGAAAUCAAAGCAGAGGAACACUCAGUCUCUCUGUCCCGAUGUGCAGGCUGUGUGUUGCCUUUUGACAACGUGACCAGUCGCACCUUUGCAUCUCUUCAAAGCUCCUGCCAUCACAGCUGUGAUAUGCACAGGGCUCUCCAAGGAGCCACAGAUCAAUUCAGGGCUCAUCACUGCAGCCUUCUGUUCAGGAGAGAGAACCAGGAUCACACUGUGGAGCUGACGCACCAAAACCCUGAGAGAGUGUCAAGAGCAGGGCCACACAGAAGACAAGAACACCGGAGUGUAAACAAGGUCUCCCUGACUCCCGUAUGUAAAGAAGCAGGGAAACUCAAGCGCUGCUUUCCAGAGGCCCACAGGAAGAAGCAGCAUGGCAUCGCUCUGACUCCACUGCACAGAGGAGCUAAAAACAGGACGGAGACUUCUCGAAACAAGACUGAGAGAAGAGGGAGGAAUAAUCUUGGACAUUGUGUCCUCGAUAACGAGCCGAAGACUAGCACAGAUCUCUGCUCCACUAGAAGGAAGAGGAAGGACUUCUGCCUUGAGGAGGUGCAUUACCUUCUGAACGGAGUAAAGAGAUUUGGCUUCUCUUGGAAUUCCAUCUUGUGGUCGUAUCCCUUCCAACCUGGACGCACCAAUGUUGACCUAGCCAAGAAAUACAGGCAGCUAAUGAAACAUAAAACCAUGGAUGAUGGCGCAGACCAUUAAUAAUGGUCCUCUGGAAGUCGACAGCUUUGAGUCAUCUAAAAUACUUAUUUCAAGUUCAAAACACUGUUUUGGUCGUACAGUUAUCCAAAGCUGUACACACUCCAUAUACCUCUAAUUUAUUGAGCCUGAUAUUUAAUACUUUGUGUUAAGUUUUCUCUGUCUUUAAAAUUGUUUCUGCUGUAGUUUGUGUUUUGACAGAUACUGUAAAUUGUUUCUUAACAUUACAUUAAACUGGUGAUUGAGUUUCUUAA